CAGAGAGGCACUGAUAGUCCCACCGCCCUUGCUUGAACAUCAAGCACUAGUGCACUACUGUGUCACUGACUACCCUCACCCUCUUCUCUCUAUAAAUAUACACACUAUCAGACUCAUCUCUCUCACUACUCUCUCAUCGACCAGAUAUUUCAGGCACUUCAUCAUCUUCAUAUCCCUCUUCUCAAUCAGUAACAUGGGAGCCUUGUCGAGAACGUUGACGGCUUCACUGGUUCUCUCUUUUCUGCUUCUCCUUCUGGCCGAAGCAGAUCACCAGACUGUCAUGGACCUCAAUCACGCUGCAGCUCCCAGCCCCUUACCCCCCACCAUAGAUUGUGGAGUGGCUUGUAAUGGAAGGUGCAAACUAUCGUCCCGGCCACGCCUGUGCAAAAGGGCGUGCGGAAGUUGCUGUAACAAGUGCAACUGUGUUCCUCCGGGCACUGCCGGCAACUUGGAUGCUUGCCCUUGCUACGCUAAUCUCACCACCCACAACCAAACCCGCAAAUGCCCUUAAUUAAUCUAUUUUGUGUAAAUUAAUUUAAGUACAUGCAUAUAUAUGCUUGCUCAUAUGCUAGCUAGCUUUUGCUGUCAGCUUGAUCAAUCAUAUAUAUGGUUGUCUUCCACCAGAAUAAAGUUGAUGAUCAAUAUCACAAACUUGUACCUUUAUAAUUAUUGAGAUAUAAUGUUGUAGGCCUUCUUGUGUAAUAUUAGCUUUUGUAUUUCUCCGUUAUGAGUUUCAAUAUUAUGUAAUAAAGCAUUUUUUUAAGUCCA